CCAUUAAAUGUUAGAAAUCAACCCCAUUUGACAAAGAUGUUAACCCUUCUUGUAUGUUUGAUGUGUUGAACUUGUUGAUGAAUAUCUUGAUAACUUAUUACUAUGUUUCUCUGUUCUGAUCGUCCCAUUGUCAUUUCUCAUAGCUUUUAUGCCACUGUUUUAUCUUUUGCUAGCAUCGUGAAUCAUAUAAUUUUCAGAGUUUUGAGAAAGAUAAUUUGGAAACUGUACAGCUGUUGAUGUGAAAUUCUCUGCCAAAUUAAUAAAAUUCUCAAUAGCACGUAGACUUUUCAUGAUUAAUUAUAAUCUAAGCCUAUUUAAUAUUAGCUAACACCCUGGACUAAUUCCGAAUCAAGCUUCAUAUUCUUUCAAGAGAAGUUGCAACGUCUUCUCAUAAUGAGACGAGCAAUGGAAUUUCCUUCACUUUCAUCACAGCUUUUAUGGUUUUCUAUCCAUACUCUUAUUUGGAUGAUCUACCUACUCUUUCCUCCUUCAAUUUCUCUCAAAUGAUGCACCCUCAUUAUUUCUCCAUCAUCUUCUUCCUCACUUUCAUCUUCAAUACUCAAACAUCUUUAUGCACCGAUGAUAUUCGAUACAUAAACUGCAGUCUUCCUGUGUACUGUGGAGACCAAAGCAUAGAAAUCAACUACCCUUUCUGGGGCGUAAACCGUCCAGAUUACUGUGGUCAACCGGGGUUCCAGAUAGAGUGCCAAGAGGGUGUUCCCAAGAUCAACAUGAUGUCGAAUACGUUUAGAAUUCUUCACAUUAAUUCAACCACACAGACUCUUAAGGUCGCUAGAGAUGAUUUCUGGUCUAGUAUUUGUCCAGCUUUUCUCUUCAACACCACCCUUGAUUUCACCCGCUUCAAUUAUGCCCCGGGACAAAGGAACCUGACCCUAUACUACGGCUGUGCUUUGCGCUCCGAUCCGGGCAGAGGGUCGUAUAUUGUCUAUCCUGAUUGCGCUGUAAAUGAUACCAGCAUGGAUGUUUUCUAUGCGCCCCAGAGUGCCCCAGUUGACCCGUUAAUAGUAAGAUGCAAUAGCAGUGUCAUUGUUCCAGUUCUUGAAACAGCUGCUCAGGAACUUGAUCAACGUAGAAAUACCAUCAACGUUACAUUAGAUGAAGGUUUUGAAUUGCAGUGGAAUUUAGGGAGCGACCAAUGCAGCACAUGCGUCAACUCCGGCGGGUUUUGCGGAUAUAACUCAACGAAGAGUCUAUUCGUUUGCUUUUGCCGUGAUCAGCCCAAUGCAAUUGAAUGUUCAUGUAGUCCAGGACCUCCAGCAGAUGAAGGGAAAAAGAAAACAACUCCUCCUAAAGCAGAUGGAGGAAAAAAGAAAGCUUUAGUCAUUGGCGUAGCAGUUGCAGUUUGCGUUGUUGCUAUAUCUCUGGUAUGCUGCUGUAUAUUCAUCGUCCUACGGAGGAGGAAAAAUGUAGCCCAGUACAAAAGCAGAGACCUUCAAACUCUUACCUCAGGCACAAGCGCAACUAGUACAACAAUGAGUUAUUCCAAAAGCAUCUCUUCUCACCUCUACUCAAAAUCUGACCUUGAAAAGGGCAGCACCUACUUUGGAGCUCAGAUCUUUAGAUAUGCUGAACUUGAAGAGGCUACUGAAAAUUUCGACUCUUCAAAAGAGCUCGGAGAUGGCGGCUUCGGAACUGUUUAUUACGGCGUACUCAAAGAUGGGCGUUCAGUCGCUGUGAAGCGCUUGUAUGAGAACACUGUAAGACGCGUUGAGCAGUUCAAGAAUGAAAUUGAGAUUCUAACUCGCUUGCGGCACCCGAAUCUUGUGGCACUCUACGGAUGCACCUCCAGACAUAGCCGGGAACUCCUCCUUGUUUAUGAAUACAUUUCCAAUGGAACAGUGGCGGAUCAUCUCCAUGGAAGUCGAUCAAACUCCGGUUUGCUAACUUGGCCUAUUCGGUUAAACAUUGCCAUAGAAACAGCCGAGGCACUCGCUUUCCUCCACGUCUCGGAUGUCAUACACCGUGAUGUCAAAACCAACAACAUUCUCCUCGAUAAUAACUUCCAUGUAAAAGUAGCAGAUUUUGGGCUGUCAAGAUUUUUCCCAAAUGAUGUUACCCAUGUGUCAACUGCUCCACAAGGAACACCAGGCUACGUCGAUCCUGAGUACUACCAAUGCUACCAACUCACCGAAAAGAGCGAUGUUUAUAGCUUUGGAGUGGUCUUAAUCGAGCUUAUAUCAUCCUUAGAAGCUGUCGACACUAACAGGCACAGACAUGACAUAAAUUUAGCCAACAUGGCUAUUUCUAGAAUCCAGAAUCAUGCAUUGAAGGAACUAGUUGAUCCAUCUCUCGGAUUCGAAAAGGAUUACACCAUAAGAAACAUGAUAACAUCAGUGGCAGAAUUGGCUUUCAGGUGUUUGCAACAGGACAGAGACCUGAGGCCUGCAAUGCAAGAAAUUCUGGAGGUUUUGAGAGAGAUUCAGAGCCAACAGUUUGGUGCACAGAAAGCAGAAGUUGUGGAUUUUUGCAGUACGGAUGAUGUUGUGCUGCUGAGGAAAGUUCCUCCACCACUUUCAUCACCGGACUCCGGUGGCAAUGAUAAAUGGGUUAGCGGCUCCACCCAACCUGCUUCUUAUUAAUUACUUCAAUGUUUCAAAUUCCCUUGUCCUGUUCUUGCCUAAUUUUGCAGUUUCUUCUUCAUAAUAAUGAGAGAAACAUGACUUCAAAUUCAAGUUAGGCACUGUAUAUAAAAGUAAAUGAAUCUACCAACAACUCACUGAUUUUCAUAAUUGUGAUGCAUUUAUUCAUUUGCUUUGUUGUUCUUUAAAUAUUGCAUUUAUCAAUUUCAUAUUUACAACGAUCAAGCUUUUUUAUCA